ACAUCUCUUCAAUCUCCAGACGUCUCACUAUGUAUCGCUUCGCUUCAAGCCUCGCCUCCAAAGCCAGGAUCGCUAGGAACAAUACCCAGCAGAUUGGGAGUAGAUUGAGUUGGAACAGGAACUAUGCAGCAAAAGAUAUUAGAUUUGGAGUGGAGGCUCGAGCUUUGAUGCUUAAGGGUGUUGAAGAGCUCGCAGAUGCUGUCAAAGUCACCAUGGGACCUAAGGGCCGUAAUGUGGUCAUUGAACAAAGCUGGGGUGCUCCCAAGGUGACCAAAGAUGGUGUUACUGUUGCAAAGAGCAUUGAGUUCAAGGAUAAAAUUAAGAAUAUUGGUGCUAGCCUUGUGAAACAGGUUGCAAAUGCCACCAAUGAUGUUGCUGGUGAUGGGACCACUUGUGCAACUGUUCUUACCCGAGCAAUAUUUACUGAAGGUUGCAAAUCAGUUGCUGCGGGUAUGAAUGCAAUGGACCUAAGACGUGGUAUCACCAUGGCAGUUGAUUCUGUGGUGACAAACUUGAAGAGUAGAGCAAGAAUGAUCAGCACAUCAGAGGAAAUAGCACAGGUGGGGACAAUAUCAGCAAAUGGAGAGAGAGAAAUUGGCGAAUUAAUAGCAAAAGCUAUGGAAAAGGUUGGCAAAGAGGGAGUAAUCACAAUUCAAGAUGGGAAGACAUUAUAUAAUGAGUUGGAAGUUGUUGAGGGGAUGAAGCUGGACAGAGGCUACAUAUCCCCUUAUUUCAUCACCAAUCAGAAAAACCAAAAAUGUGAAUUAGAAGAUCCUCUUAUUCUGAUCCACGAGAAGAAAAUCUCAAAUUUAAAUGCUGUUGUGAAAGUAUUGGAGCUGGCAUUGAAGCGACAAAGGCCCUUACUAAUUGUGGCUGAAGAUGUGGAAAGUGAUGCACUAGCUACACUUAUCCUAAACAAGCUUCGUGCUGGAAUCAAGGUCUGUGCCAUUAAGGCCCCUGGUUUUGGAGAGAACAGGAAGGCCAAUAUGCAGGAUCUAGCCACUCUCACUGGUGGUGAACUCAUAACCGAGGAGCUUGGUAUGGAUCUUGAAAAGGUGAAUCUAGAUAUGCUUGGCUCUUGCAAAAAGGUUACAAUAUCGAAAGAUGACACUGUUGUUCUUGAUGGGGCUGGUGAUAAGAAGGCCAUUGAGGAAAGAUGUGAACAGAUUCGGUCAGCAAUUGAAUUGAGCUCUUCUGAUUAUGACAAGGAGAAAUUGCAAGAGAGAUUGGCAAAGCUUUCUGGUGGUGUUGCCGUAUUGAAGAUCGGAGGAGCUAGUGAAGCUGAAGUUGGUGAGAAGAAAGAUAGAGUUACUGAUGCCUUAAAUGCUACAAAGGCAGCUGUAGAAGAGGGAAUUGUACCAGGUGGUGGUGUGGCUCUUCUUUAUGCAGCAAAAGAGUUGGACAAAUUGCCCACUGCCAACUUUGACCAGAAAAUUGGUGUGCAGAUUAUUCAAAAUGCUCUGAAGACGCCAGUGCAUACAAUUGCUUCUAAUGCAGGAGUUGAGGGUGCUGUUGUUGUUGGCAAGCUAUUAGAGCAGGACAAUACUGAUCUUGGGUACGAUGCUGCAAAAGGUGAAUAUGUUGAUAUGGUGAAAGCCGGAGUUGUUGACCCAUUGAAAGUGAUCAGAACUGCUUUGGUCGAUGCUGCAAGCGUGUCAUCUUUGAUGACAACAACUGAAGCUGUUGUAGUUGAACUUCCAAAGGAUGAGAAGGAAGCUCCGGCAAUGGGCGGCGGCAUGGGUGGCAUGGAUUAUUGAAAGUCCCCCAAAUGUAACAGAGUGAUCUAAAUUUUUGCGGCACUUAAUGUGUUUCUUUUUUAAUUUAUAGAAACUAAAUUUUAGGGUUCAUGGACUGCUGAAGCUGAAAGAGAGUUCUAAUUGUUUGAGUCAUAAGGCUUCCUUGUAAUCAUAAUGAGAGGUCGAACUGUAGUUAGUCGGGCAAUUCUGAUUGAUGUUAACUUGGAAGAAUUGGUUUGUAUUGAAAACCGUAUUUUGUUUUUCAAUAAAACAUUCUCUUCCUUGCA